AUGGUCUGCGAUGGGACUGGGCCGUCAAAUUUUUUCUCUAAGCCUUUGCCUCCUACGCCGGGAAGUGAGCGACGUGAGAGACGCGUCAAGAGGGGUAAACAGGGUACUAGUUUGGCCCCACCACCAUCUCUUCCCAACAUCUCCCUCCCUAUGAAGGUGCAUCACGAAGUCCAUGUCACCAUUGAUCCAAACAGUGGUGAAUUUAAGGUAAGUUUACGCUAA